UGGUAGGCCAUGGGUAGACAAUCACAUGACUUCACUGUCAUGAGUCUUUGGAAACAUAAACAUACCCACAGUCUAGAUUUCUAGACAUCUCUCAUUCUCUAUCAAAUUUUCUAGAUUCUAAUCUAGAUUCUAAUAUGAUAAAAUUCAGAUCACAUAUUUAAGAAUCUAAUAUCUAGAUCCAGAUGACUAUUGAGGUCUGUAGCUAUAAUUAUUAUAAUAUAAUAGCCCAGUAACAGCAAAGAAUAAGUUCUACUUCAAAGUUCAAAGUAUGGUUGUGUUGGACUAAAGUAUAACCAUGUCUGAUUUUCUUGAAGAGCAUAUCUAUAUUCCUAUUUUGGUUGGUAUUGCAUUGAUAGUUGGACUUGGAUUUUUACUUUAUUAUCUUUGCCGCAAACGAAGAAGGUUCCAUGGGCGUGAUUAUGUGUAUAAAAGGCUGGAGCACGAAGCCCAGUUGGUGGAGCAGAUGAACUUGGAAAGGGAGACAAGACAGAAGAUUAUUAGAGAUGCUGUGUACAUGAACUGCCAGUAUUAUCUACGAUCACAUCCAAACUUCAGAAGCAUGAAACAGUUGAAUGAACUAGGCAGUCGUCUAGACAAACAUUGGUUCCUGGUGGAAGAUGUGAAGACUAACCAGGAGAGGAUGCUAAGUUGUCUACCCUACUCCACUAAUAUGAAGAUUCCAUUCACAAAAACAACAUGUAAAAUUCUGAAAGAUCUUUUCUCACUUUUACAGCACCCAUAUAUAUUUCCAGUGUAUGAUUUUGAUUUCGCUGUUGAACAGAACCUUGUGUUCCUAGUUCAGCCUAUAGCCACACGGGGCUCUCUCAAGGAUUUAAUAUAUCAGUGUCGCUACACAGAAAGCUGGUACAAUAAAUAUUGCCAGAAGCAUAAAGGUUUGUCCGUGGAGACUGUACAGCUCUAUGGAAAACAAGUUCUGACUGGAAUGUUAUACUUGGAAGAAAAAGGUUUUCCUCCACAUGGAAACAUCCAAGCUGGCAAUAUUAUGUUGGAGGAUGGUGUCUGCAGAAUUGCUGGCUAUGAGAACUGCUUCCUAGCCAACAGAUCUCGUGUUUAUAAUUUAGUUAAGAAGAAACUGAAAGAAGCAAACAAGAAUGCUUUGGACUCUCUGUGUUUUGGGCACUUAUUGUAUGAGAUGGUAUUUGGUCGUGAGCUCCAGUCAGCACAUCCAGAACCUCAGAACUUGGCCACUCACACAUCUCCACACAUUAUUGAGAUUUUAAAUUUCAUCUUUGAAAAUGAAUCCAAAAAAUAUCCAACUGUCCAGGAAAUUAAUAUUCAUCCAUUUUUCGCAAAUGUAAAUCUUAAGGAAAUGAAAAUCUACAAUCCCAUCAAGAUCCACCUGAAUGAUCAAAUGGUCUCACUUUUAAGGGCUGUGAAAAAAGGAAAACCCUUUAAGGUUUCUAAGUCUGCAAGCACCAAAAGGAAGAAGUCCAAAGUCUCUGGCUUCCCAACCCCCAACACGCAGCAAAUCCAACAAUCUGAAGCUGCACCUUUAGUGCCAUCUACAUCAUACCAGAGAGGACCAGCAGCACCACCACCUCCUCCUCCUCCACCACCACCACCACCUGGUCAACCACCCCUUGGUGGAGCUGCUCCACCCAUGCCUCCGUCCACUUCAUCUUCUGAGAGGACGGCCUUGUUGACUGACAUCAGGAAAGGAGCAAGUUUAAAGAAAACCCUUACGAAUGACAGAAGCGCACCCAAAGUUUAAAAAUUAUGGACUGGAUUUAACUUUGGUGAAAUAAAUACAAAAUUUCUCAGAGAAAUAAAAGUAUCAGUAUUACAAAUCGUCUGCUGCUUACCAAAACAAAAAAUGUUCUUUCCUGACUGCAUAAUUUGACUUUUCAUGUUGAAGAUUGAUUUUAUUUCUGUGUACUGAUAUCAGAAUAGAGGAAGUGUCUAUAGACAUUAUAAAUAUAUGAAAAGUAGUAUUGACUUGAAUAUUUCAGACAUUAGAUGAUCAGACCUCUACAACGCACUUGUUGAU